GCGCCUUUCCGCGCCCUUCCGCGCCUCGUGCGGCCCACUUUCCCUCCCGCUAUGGCGGGACCUGUGCUCAGCGGAACGCAAGUGUCCUACAUCGGUCAAGACUGCAGCAAAAUUCCAGAGCACCUAGGGAGGGCCUACGGACAUUUGGCAAAGAGACUUGAUCUGAGUUUCAACCUUCUGCGGUCACUGGAAGGACUGAGCGCGUUCAGAAGCUUGGAGGAGCUGAUCCUGGACAACAAUCUUCUCGGAAACGACCUUGCGUUGCCCGGGUUACCCCGGCUCCAUACCUUAACGCUCAACAAGAACCAAAUCACUGAGCUGGAGAACCUGCUGGACCACUUGGCUGAGGUCACCCCUUCUCUGGAAUACCUUAGCCUGCUGGGGAACGUAGCAUGCCCAAAUCAGCUGGUCAGCCUGGACAAGGAUGAAGAUGACUAUAAAAGAUACAGAUGCUUUGUCUUGCACAAGCUACCCAACCUGAAAUUCCUAGAUGCCCAAAAAGUAACAAGAGGUGAGCGGGAAGAAGCAUUGGCCCGGGGGGCAUUCAUGAAAGUGCUGAAGCCAAAGGUGUCCUUGGCAGAUGUCACUAUGUUUACUAUGGGAAGCACUCCGAGGGCAAUAGGUUUAUCCGAGAUGACCAGCUCUGAAGUCAACCCCUGCCUCCCUGCACGCUUUAAGCCAAUUUUGAGAGGGAGGAAGAAAACAAGAGACAAGAAGAAAAGGCUCUGCUUCAUUCACAUGUUAACAAUAAAACUACAGUCCUCUAGUUCCUUCUGCUGACUUUGCCAAGCCUGUCAAGUUCAUCCUUCUGUCUUAGUCUGAGUAGUCACAUAAAGAUUGACAUGAUUGCCUUUAAGCAGGUCCCAUCCACCAGUGUGACAGACAGCUACAACCAAGCACCAGGGCUGACAGAAUGAACACCAUGAUAGAUUGCUUGGCCCAUCGUCUGCUCACGGGGGAUCAGAGGUCACACCUGGGGCUUCCCUAAGCAUGCUCAGUUCAUUUAAACCAAGGGAAAAUCUUUUAUCUGCAGUUUGCCUGUUGAGUGAGAGAUACCCGCAAUAUCAAUGGCUCGUGAAAGAACUGACUACAAUUUAGGGAAGAAAAAAUGUCUUCCCCAGAUUCUUUCCACCUAUUAAGCACUCACAUUUGAUCCACAUGGAUCUCCGGCUGCCUUUAGACAUUUCUGCAUGAGCUAAACCCCAAGAUUUUCAGUUUCUUCGAGGAAAACUGUGCAUUGUCAGAAAUGCUUUGUGUCAAGUUUCAGAAAUGUUCAAAGCCUGCCUUUGUAAACACCUUCCCAGAAUAAGAUAGCAUAGUCAAAGGGCUUGAGGAUGUUACUAACACUGCACAACAGAAAGCUGUUUACAUGUAUAUUUUUAAUUUCUAGAUUCAAUUCUUCCAGGGUAUUUGGCACUCCCAUGGUGUCUUUUAAAACCAAGGACUAGGCUAAAGAGGACCUAGGUUGGAGCACUUUUGGUUUAACCACACGCUCUUCAGAUUGAACGGAAAUGACUUUAAUACAACCCUACACAUAUUUGGGUGGGGGCGGGGGCAAAGGAGAGGUUACUCCACUGUGUGGAUUUCUAUUGAAACUACCGAUAAAAUGAAAAGUAAAUUGUAAACUGGAGGUUGGAAAAAGAGAGGGCUAAGAAAAGAGAAAACACUCAACUUAUCAAACUGGAGUUAAGGCCAGGCAGGCUUAAACCUCAUAUACCUCAUAUUCAUCCUAUGAAAUAUUGGAAAAGGGAUUCAGUGGCUAGGCAACAGAUUUUAGGUAGGUUUGCCUCUUUAAUGCCACGUCAUGCACAGACUCAUACCGGUGAUGGGAACGUACCUAAUUGUCAUUAACUUGCUGAUAAUCAAUUGACAUCACAGAACAAAGAGGGAUCGAUUUAGCACAGACUUUCUGUUUCUUUUUUACUUAGGACCAACCCUUCUCGAUCUCUUUUGCUCGGGACCUCCAGUGAUGAGCAGCUCAGGGGAGCGGUGCUAGAACUCAGAGUCUUUCAACUUUCAGGUCAGUGGAAGCUAAAUUGCUAUAUCCACUGACCAUCCAUUUUACUCAUGUCUGAAAGGGAACCCCAGGGGAGCUUAAGGUUACCGGCUCUCUAUCGGCAGGCCACCUCCAGAAAUGAUCACCCUUUUAAAGCAGAUUGCUAGGAAUAGGCUUGUCCUGCAGCUCUGGGUGGCUUAAGAGAUCAGGCGCUGGUUGUCUGCUGAUUGUAUCACCUUCAUUAGUUGAUUAUUUAGGCAAAUGAAGGAAGGCAGGGUAAGUUAAGAGGUUAUUGAGAAAUUUCUUUUAGAAUAUUCAGAGUACUCACCCCUCUUUUUUUUUUUUAGCAAAAACAGCACUAGGACAUUCCUGAAAGUAGUCACGUUUGACCCCCACCCUAGCUCUCCAAAGCUGUGCAUUUAAAAGCAUUAAUACAAGCCUUGUACAUGAUAGAUUGUGGGCAAUAAGAGUUCUAAACAGGGGCAACAAGACUAGUGCUAUGUCAUAAUCAAUCGAGAGGGAUAUAUAUUCUUGUCUUUAUAAAAAGCCUUAACCCUGUCUCAAAUGAUAAAAAAAGCACUUGGGAACGGACCACAAAAUUUUCCCAUCUUUAUUUUUCUUACUUGUUUACUUUUCUUAAUGUCAGAAUCAUUUGUAUCUUUCUCAGAAAUGUUCCCCUUAGUGCAGGCUUUGGAAACAAAAGUAUUUUUGGAGUGAAUUGUUGAUCACACUGUUCUUUUCCUUUUUUAUCGCUCUGCUUUUUGAUAUAAAGUAUAUAAUGACUGCUUUAAGAUGAGCAUAACUAUAAUUUAUAUAAAUGCCUCCAUUACUAAAGAGUCAUCUUGAUGGCAGAGGAGCAUCAGGUUCUGUUUCACUGAAGUGAUAAUGUUACUGAAGUAAAAUUUGGUUGUUUAUUGUGAUGUGUUUGUUAGCAUCAAUUACAGGGGAAAUCCCAAGUCAGGUGGAGCACAGUGCUGAAUUUCUACCCAUCAUUGCCCAAGACAGGUUUUCCUAUAAGGUGGAAAACCAAAGGGGUCUUUUCUGUAAUUUAGAAGAGUCUCAAGAAAAAGAGCUCCUUUUCUCACCUAAGUGAUAAACUCGGGGAAAACUGAAAGAGGAUGUUCAUUUUAAAUUUCAUUGAGUCUUUCUCUGCAUUACUUUUCCUAUAGCUUUUGGUUUACUUAGCAGCUGCUCAAACUCAUACAAAAGCAACACAUUGUGCUUUGUUGAACAGUAGAAGGGCAUUCUGUACUUCUUAUCCUUAGGAGGUGAUUCUGACCAUCGGGAUCCGAUUGGCUCAGGACUCGGCUAAUGUAGGGAGAGAACUGAGUCUCCCAAAGACUUCAGAACAAGACUAAUAAAUUGCCAGGACAACCAUGUUUUUUUUUUUAAUUUGUUUUCUAAGAAAUGUAAUUCUAUGGGACAAUUUGUUACUUGGAGAGUGAUGUUUUGGAUUAUGGGAAUCUUAUUAAAGGCACAACUAUUGCAAUCACUUUGCCUUUAUUUUCACCAGCUUGCUCAUAAACACCCCCUCUCCUUCUCUAAAUAAAACUACAUGAUCAGGGAUUAUCAUCCAAUAAAGGUCUGU